AUGGUUUUAAGUCCAUACUCGAACUGGGAGACUGAUUUCCAGAACAUCAACGAUGAAACAGUUCAAGCUGAUCAUCAACAACAAUACUGGGAUCCAUUCGAGCUGCCUUUUGGUUUCAUUGAUCCUUACAUUGAACUAAACAGCAGUUUUCUUCAACCCGAAAGCUACACUCCUUUACUCCCCGUCGACCCUUUGAUUCCCUCACCGCCGGAAACCGUCUCGUACGAGAACUUCGUCUCUUUCCCAUGCUCUAAACGCCAGAAACUCGUCGACGACGAUCAGUGUUUGAUGAUGAUGCCCGGUUUCUUUCAGGCGGUUGAUCCGAAUUCAUGUCCGGUGCUCGAAGACGGCAUGAAUCAAGUUAACGGUAAGAACGACGACGGCGACCGGAAGUGCGUGUCGGCGCAAAGCAUCGCGGCGAGGGAGAGGAGGAGGAAGAUAACCAAGAAGACUCAAGAGCUUGGGAAGCUCGUGCCAGGAGGGACUAAGAUGAACACUGCUGAAAUGCUUCAGGCUGCUUUCAAAUACGUCAAGUUCUUGCAAGCUCAACUCGGAAUCCUUCAACUCACGAACUCGUUCUCGGAAAACGGAGAGAAUUGCAAGGAAAACGAAAGCCUGCAGAUUUUAACAUCUGCAAAGGUUCAAGAAAAGCUAUUUGAAGAAAAGUGCUUGGUUCCAAAGGAUUUUGUUCUGUCUUUGACAACAAUUUCAAAGCCUCCGGUCUCUGAUGAACUCGCUCGCCUUUUAUGA